UUUAGAGUGUACUGAGAAUCUUUGUGAAUUUGGAAAUUAUUUUAUGAUUUUUAUAAACUCUUGGUGUAUUUCAAUAAAUUGCUGACUUUUAGCCUGUUCCACGAUGAUUGAUUAUCAUAUUUAUAAUGCAAGUCUUCAUGUGAUAAGAAGCUUAUUUACAUCAUAUAGAAUUACCGCUGGUUAUCUUUGUACUAUUUAUUUUGUGUUCUUUUCACCCGUCCUAUGUUUAUUGGAUUCAGGGUUCUAAUGUUGCAUGGAAAUUUUAAUAUACUAGGAAACUAAAGAGCAGAGUUAUGAGCUUCACUUGCUCAUUCUCAUUUUUCUUGUAAAGAACAUGGGAGAAUAUAGACUUUGGCUUCUUUUGAAGUGCUGUCUUUGGGAAUUCUAGUCAUUCUUCUUAGUUCUAUUUUCCUAGCUUGAAGAACAAGUUGCUGAGGUUGAAAAGUUCUACCUUUCGACUAAAGCUCAAGUUAAUAGUGUCAAAGACAAAGGCCGGGAGAAGCUUGUUAUUGGCAGUAGAAGGUCACAGCAAGGUGCAUCAAGUAAGGAACCUAAUUCUUCAAACGCAAUGCAAGAGGUUAUACAACAGUUUUCCACAAUAUUGCAUCAGAUAGCAGAGCAUAAAUGGGCUUGGCCCUUCUUGGAGCCUGUAGAUGUUGAAGGUCUUGGGUUGCAUGACUAUCAUGAGAUUAUUGCGAAGCCUAUGGAUUUCAGUACGAUAAAAAAGAAAAUGGAUGCCAAGGAUGGUUCUGGUUAUAAGAACGUGCGUGAGAUAUAUUCUGAUGUCAGGUUGAUUUUUAAGAAUGCAAUGAAAUACAACAACGAAAAACAUGAUAUCCACAUUAUGGCAAAGUCAUUGCUUGAAAAAUUUGAAAAGAAAUGGCUACAGCUGUUGCCUGAAGUUGCUCAUGCGGAAAGUGAACAAUUAAAGGAAGAAGCACAUAUGCAGUUGGAAAAGCAGCUUGCUCAAGAAGCUACUUAUGCCAAUAUGGCAAAGGAUAUAAGCCUUUCGCUAUGCGAGGUUGAGGUGCACUUAAAGAAUCUCAAAGAAAUGGUCAUUGAAAAGUGCAGGAAAAUAUCGAUUCGUGAGAAACUGGAACUUGUUAAGUCUUUCAGCAGACUGAAUUUUGAAAAUCUCAACAAGGCAUUGCAGAUAAUUUCUGAGAAUGACCCAACCUUCAAACCUAAUGAUCUAGAAGUGAACCUUGACCUUGAUAAUCAGACCGACUACACAGUAUGGAAACUAAACGUUUUUGUCAAAAAAGCACUGGAAGAACAGGGAAAAAAUGCUGCUGAGGAGCUAAAUGUUAAUCACAAUGGUAACUUUGAGGACAAGAAAAACACCAACAAAAGGAGGAAAUUGUGAUUCUUUUGCCGAAGAGAUCAAUAUAGAAUAAAUGAAAAGCUUUCGACUUUGUGAUUCACUUUUGCAGUACACAAGGCAUUAUCUUAGUUUUGAUUAAGCGGGAUGCUCAAUAAACUUGUACUGUUCAACAUGCUUACCAUGUCACAUACAGUGAUUACGAUCUUUUAGUUAAACAACUUUCGAGAUAUUCAAA